AUGGACCAAGUGAAUGACAAUGUCGGAAUGAAAACUUUAGGUAGUUUGAUGAUACUGAUAGCGGUCAUUUUUAUCGACAUUUCACACUUAUGGAUCGCUAGAGAACUUGCCGAACUGGUGGAAAUUGAUACCAUACCUCGUCGAUUCGAAUGCUUUUCUUGUAUGUCACUGAGUUAUCAAGAACGCUGGGAGCAUCUGCAGUAUAUUUACAUGGCACCUAAGAUGUUUACAAAUCAAUGUAACGAGCCACAACUUUCAAACCAUAUUCCUACUGUAAUUUGUUCAACAAUGUGUGUUAAUUUACUCGAACCCGAUGUUGAAGCUGGCGUAUUUAUUGGUUUUAAAUUUAUCCGUGGUUGCAUGGAUCGAGUAUUAAGGAACGGUUUCAAUGAAACCGCAGUAAGGACGCAUCGCUUUCAAAUGGUGAACCAAUGUCGAAGCUUACCCCGUGCUCAUUUGUACAAUUUGGAUCGCAGACAACUUCACCCGGUAUUCGGUGAUGUACAACUAUGUACUUGUUACGGAGACAGAUGUAAUGGUUCGUCGGGUACUAUCAGCAGUUCAAAUUACAGUACGGUGCUUUUGUUGACAUGUUUUACUGUCCUGCUAAGGAUAUAA